CUGUGGAGCUGGGUCGGGCAGGGACCGGACAGACGGAUCCAACGGCCCUGAUCUCCCACCGCCCGGCUGGAGGGCACCAUGGACCGAGGCAACAUGACUAUCCAACCAGCCACUGGGGUAAAUUCCAGCCAGACCCCAGCUGCUGUGAGCGCCACUCACCUGACUGUGGCCACGUUGCUCUUCACCACCUUCCUGGUGGGUGUGGUGGGGAAUGGGCUGUACCUGUGGGUGCUAGGGCUGAAGAUGAGGAGGACGGUGACUACGCUCGUGUUCCUCCACCUGGUCUCCUCUUACCUCCUCCUCACCCUGCUGAUCCCCUUCUUUGCUGUCUACCUCCUCCUGGAUUUCCACUGGGUCUUCGGCACGGCCAUGUGCAAGCUCCUGAAUGCCUGCAUCUCUGUGGGCAUGUUCACCUCCGUCUUCCUUCUCACCCUCAUCAGUCUGGACCGCUACAUCCUCACUCACUGUCCCAUCUGGUGCCGGCAUCACCGCACCGUGCCCCAGGUCAGGAAGCGGGUUGUGGGCGUGUGGCUGGUCUCCUUAGCUCUCAGCACUCCCUACCUGGCUUUCCGGGAGACCCGCAUGGUGGAUGGGGAAAGAAUCAUCUGCAUCAACAAUUACACCCUCUCCAGAGUCUGGAACGGUGCCGAGACACAGGACCUGGGGAAACGGAUCCACCUAGCCGUCCUCAUGGUCCGGUUCCUGCUGGGGUUCCUGCUGCCCUUCUGCACCAUCGCAGGAUGCUAUGGCUGCGUGGGGCUGGAGAUGAAGGAGAAGGGGCUGGCACGGAGCAGGAAGCCCUUCAAAGUCAUGGUGGCUGCGGUGGUUUCCUUCUUCCUCAGCUGGCUGCCCUACCACCUCUACCAUGGCUUGAAGUUCUUCAAAGACGGGCGGGAGUUGGACAUCAUCCUGGUCAUUUACACUGUCACCUCCUGCUUCAACGCCUGCUUCACCCCCAUCCUCUACCUCUUCGUGGGGCGACGGUUCCAGCAGGUGCUCAAGAUGUCCCUGCUUGCUGUGCUUCGGGAGACUUUUGCUGAAGACCUCAGCGGCAAUGGCGCUAUCUCCCAUGAGAGCUCCGGGGUGGCAGCUGGCAAAUUGGAGCUGCCUGACCAAGUUAUGGGGCCUCUGGAUUCAGGGUCAGGGAGCUUAGAACCCAGGGUUCUAGAUUAA